AAACAAAACAAAAGCGAAGCGUAGCGCACCGCAGCGAGUGGACGAAAGCAAACGAGGGCCGGAAAAGAACGUCCUCUCCACGAAUGGCGAAUUAUUCGCUCGCCGGCGACUGCUCCGGCGAGGUCCCCGCCUCCUCCUCCUCCUCCUCCUCCUCGUCCGCGCCCGCUACCUUCCCGUCCUUCUGGCCGCCCUUCCCCUCCUUCCUCUCCGACUCCGACUCCGACGCCCCCUUCCCUCCCCCCCGCUGCGCCACCGCCGCGCAGCAAGACCCCGCCGCCGCGUUCCUCGGCCUCGAUUUCCACGCCGACGACGACGAGGACGGGGCCGUCACGUGGGCGGCGCCGGACGAGGCCGGCCUGCCGCUCUGCUGGGACUGCCUGCAGCUGGAGGAGCACGAGGAGGCGCACGCGCACCACCAGCGCUGGGACGGCCUCGGGCUCAGCGACGCCGAGGAGUGGGAGCAGGUCGCCGCCGGCAGGGACGAGUUCGAGGCCGCCGCCGUGCGGAGCCUCGAGUGGGAGGUGCUCCUCGCCGCCAACAGCCUCCUGCUCGACGACGACGACCACUCCGGCGUCGACACGUACUUCCUCGACGACGCAGAGGACGCGCUGUUCGGGCAGCUGGCCGCGGAGCCGGAGCACGAGCCCCCGGCCAAGGGCGGGCGGGCGGCGGCGAGGGCCGCCAUCGAGGGCCUCCCGACGGUGGCGGUCGGGGAGUCCGGCGGCGGGGUCGCGCAGUGCGCGGUGUGCAAGGACGGCAUCGAGGCCGGGGAGGCGGCCAGGAGGCUGCCGUGCGCGCACCUCUACCACGGCGCCUGCAUCCUGCCCUGGCUCGCCAUCCGCAACACCUGCCCGCUCUGCCGCCACGAGCUGCCCACCGACGACGCCGAGUACGAGACGUGGAGGGCCAGGCGGGCCGCCGCCGCCGGCGACGACGGCGACGACAGGUAUGGGCAGCGCCGCUCGUCGGGCUGAGGCUACACUGCUGAAACAUCCUAUAGUUUCAAACCGGAAGAGAGUGAUUUGCUUCAAGGGCCAAUGCGUUUGCAGGAGAGAGGGAAAAUGGGUUGAAAUCGAUGUGAAUUGGAGGAUUUUUUUUCUUGGUUUUGCACAGAAUUAUACGAAUAAGGUGCGUUUCAAUUUGAAUAA